UUUAGUAUGUGGCAUAAAGUAAUGCCAUUCAACUAAAUUUAUUUUGUGUAAAUUUGUACCAGAAUCCAUAGUGAUGGGUUCCCAAGAUUUGGCCCGGCUGAACUUAGCACGCUUUUACUUGUGCCAAGUUCGACCGGGCCUACCAGUUAAUGCAACAAUACGACAAAUCUUGAUGACAAUUUAAUUAACUAACAAGCCGACAAUAUAAUUGAACUAAAUUAAUUUAAAAAUUAACAUCUAGAGGAUUUGGUAUAAAUUGCCAAGUUUUUCCGUAUGAAUAGUCACUUUUACUAACAUCAGCACGACCAAAAAGAUAUGAAGUUAAUAUACAUUGUAAUAUAUUUUCUAAUACCGCUCUACAGCGGUGAGAAGAGUGGAGCCAUUGAAGAAUUACAAAACCUAGUGACUAAUUGUCUUCAGAAAUAUCCUGUAUCAGAUGACGAACUCGCAAGGUUUAGAGAGUUGGAUAAAGAUCCCAGUCUGGCUAGUGACAAUUACAAAUGUUUUGGUAUGUGUGUGGUACAAGGCAGAGGAUGGUUUAUCGACGAUGUCCUCAUAGAUGAUGCGUAUAUCAAGUUCGACGCCAGUGGUGUCUUAGAAGAACAUGUUGACGAAUUGUAUCAUAUUAUUAAAGAAUGUAAACUUUUGGUUGGUGAAAACAAAUGCGAUACGGUGUUCCAAGUUGGUAGUUGUUUGGAGCAAAAAUCUUGGGAACUUUUGGAAAAGUCGGUAAAGUCAUUUUAGAAUGAAAUGUAAAACUUCGAAAUAAACAGUAUGUGAGUUGCGGCCAUUGAGCGAAUAAAAUCAAGAUAUAAGUCUUUACGGCUUUUAUUCA